UGAAAAUGUGAAUGUGCUUUAUCAACGGACAGACGUGUUUUUGCUACAGAAGCUUAAGAACCCGCAACUCCCUCUAGUUUGGGACGUGGUAUGUGAUAACACUACAGUGAUAGAGAGAAAGCAUCAUGAAGGUGACAAUCCUGCUCAUCUGCUCCUGCCUGGUCUGGGGAGGCCUGGGGAAGCCACAGUUUCCUGACCAAGAGAAAGAUCCCCUGUUCUGGAAUACAUGGGCCCAGCGUACUUUGAAGAAUGCCCUCACACUUCAGAAGCUCAAUCAAAACACUGCAAAGAACCUCAUCCUCUUCCUUGGUGAUGGAAUGGGCAUUCCCACAGUGACGGCAGCACGAAUACUGAAGGGGCAGCUGAGCAGACAGAGUGGGGAAGAGACCCAGCUGGAGAUGGACUAUUUCCCCUUUGUUGCGCUUUCCAAGACAUAUAACACCAAUGCCCAGGUGUCAGACAGUGCGGGUACAGCCACAGCAUUCCUCUGUGGGGUGAAGGCCAACGAGGGAACGGUGGGUGUGAGUGCAGCUGCCGUCCGCUCCCAGUGCAACUCCACACAGGGCAAUGAGGUCACCUCCAUCCUCAGAUGGGCCAAGGAAGCCGGCAAGUCAGUGGGAAUAGUCACGACAACGCGUGUGAACCAUGCCACCCCCAGUGCAGCCUAUGCCCACUGUGUGGACAGGGACUGGUACUCCGAUGGAGAGAUGCCCGCUGAGGCAGUACAGGCAGGCUGCAAGGACAUCGCCAGGCAGCUCUUUGAGAACAUUCCUGACAUCGAUGUGAUUAUGGGAGGAGGGAGGAAGUACAUGUUCCCCAAAAACCAGUCAGAUGUGGAGUAUCCUGGAGAGAAGAAACACUUCGGUACCCGCAUCGAUAGAAGGAACUUGGUGGAGGAGUGGAAUAACCGAAUGAAAAACAAGAACGCCCACUAUGUAUGGAACAAGAAGGAACUUUUAUCGCUAAACCCUAAUAGUGUGGAUUACCUUUUGGGUCUGUUUGAGCCUGGAGAUCUUCCCUAUGACCUGGAGAGAAACAAUGAGACAGAUCCUUCACUGACAGAGAUGGUGGAGGUGGCCAUCAAGAUCCUGAAGAAAAACCCCAGUGGAUUCUACCUGCUGGUGGAGGGGGGGCGCAUCGACCACGGACAUCACGACGGUAAAGCCAAGCAGGCCCUGCACGAGGCAGUGGAGAUGGACCGGGCCAUUGGCCACGCCGGCCUCAUGACCAGCAUAAAUGACACAAUGACUGUCGUCACUGCUGACCAUUCUCACAUGUUCAACUUCGGAGGCUACACUCCAAGGGGGAACACAAUUUUUGGACUGGCUCCCAUGUUGAGUGAUGUGGACCAGAAGCCCUUCACCGCCAUCUUAUAUGGGAACGGACCAGGGUUCAAAGUAGUCAAUGGUCUGAGAGAGAACGUCUCCACCCUUGACUAUGAGGAAAAUAACUACAAGGCCCAGUCUGCAGUGCCGCUGAGUAUAGAGACUCAUGGAGGAGAGGAUGUGGCUGUGUUUGCUAAGGGCCCCAUGGCUCACCUGCUGCACGGUGUCCACGAGCAGAACUACAUUCCCCAUGUCAUGGCUUAUGCUGCCUGCAUUGGCCAGAACAGAGACCACUGCAUGUCAUCCAGUGGAGCCUCUAGUCUCAGCGCUGCUCUGCCCAGCCUGACAGCUCUCCUCACACUCAUCCGCCUCCUCUGCUGACCUUUCACCCCAACCCCCCUCCUGCACUACCCCACCCCUCCUCUUAGUAUACAUGUAAUACUCCCACACCUUUUUUUCCCGUUGCAAUGCAGAUUUUCUUCUUACCAUUUUUUUAUAUUGAAGAUUAUUAUUUUUUCAUUCUGUAAUGACCACUGCAAGGGCAUUUAAAGUUAGUGUUUUGAGGGUUGGUGUUGUUCAGUCAGAUUUAGUGUUAGGGAAAAUAAGAGGAUAUCACUUUAUUUAUACUGUAACAUAUAGGAUAGGUUGUGUUAUUUUACUUUGGUAUUGAUCACUAUUCAGGUAACACCAAAUCUAUGUGAAGAAUUCUGUCAUAUCAGUUGGUUUAAGAGAAGGGUAUAUCUCUGAAUUUAUAUCAAUCAUUGUAUGGGUAAAAUACCCUCCCGGUAUUGAUGACAAAGCAAUGUUGCUGCCCACCUAUAUAUUUGUUGUCUGUCAAUUCCAUGACUAUGGAACAGUCAACUUUUCAAAGAAGCCAGUUCCUUUUGUAAAUUAUAAACCUAAUGUAGGGGAGAGCGAGGUAUGUUUUCACACUUUUCACACUGUCUAACAUUUACUGGGCACAAUAAAUCACAAUGGUAUAAAUGUUAUACCAAAUGAAAGAAGGAAGACUUGGGCACAUAUGUUGUAUUCAUUACAUCUUCAUGUCUUAUUUCAGUACGGAGUUGUAGACCGUUAAAUAGAGAGUGUGCACAUGUGACAAUUUGCUCCAUCAGCGGGUAAAUUGUCACACUACGUCGGGUAAGUUGUCACAUUGGAUUAUCAACAAAAAAGAACACAACUAAUUAAUUGUGAAUAUUGAUUUUAAUUUCAAAUUCAAAAUUUCAUUAAAGAACUCAAAAUAAAAACAAUCCUGCCUAGAGAAUCUGGGAAAUCAUGCCUUUCAAUCAAAACAAUAAUACGGGCAGAGCACACAUUAAUUAAGUGGCACGACCACUUUACUUUGAACUCAAAUUUUCUCUGGCGUGCACAUAGAUCCACGGUAAUUGUUGGAAUUGGAAUGGAAUGGAAUGCUGCAGAUAACUUGCUUAAAUGUUUAAAGUCUUAACAAAACAGAUGUGGUGUUUAAACACACUAAUGCACUAAUGUACAAUUUUGUAACAGCCUAUACGACGUACAUUCGUAUCUGACUAAUCCGACUCAUCUUCAGAGUCACAGUUCUGGCACACAUAAAUUGCCUGGCCUGAGGUGCAAGCGUCACUGGGCCCAUUUGUUGCAUCUCACACACUUCACCCAAGUCUCCUUUGGGAGGCUGUUUGAAAAUGGCUCCACACAGACGAGGCAGAAGCACUCCUCUUCAUCUGAUGAUGACUCUUCUAUGAAUUAAUUUUUUUAGCUGCCUUUUUGUUCUUUGCAGAUCCAGUUUUUGACUCCCCCCUUGCUUCCCUUUCUUCGGAAACAGCCUUUUUCUACAUUGUGCCUUAUUCUUUUAAAUUUCUAGUGCAUGCUUCACUGGUGUGUCAGUUAGAAUUGCUGUUUUGCACCGUUUUCUUCCUUUGCAAGCUUGUUUUCGGGGGUCAGCUUUUGAAUAUGGCCGGAUGUCCUCUGGAGUUGGUAGUCUGCUGUCAGCAAUGGCAUUGCUGGGCAAGGGUGAGCUGGUGCUAGCAUAAGAACUGGGCAGGUCUGUGUCUGAGCUCGUGCUAGGCAGGGCUGGAAUGGUGCUGGGGCUUGGCAGGUUAGUGCUGGGGCCUGGCAUGGCUGAAAUGGUGCUGGGGCCUGCAGGUUGGUGCUGGGGCCAGGCAGGGCUGGAAUAGUGCUGGGGCCUGGCAGAUUGGUGUUGGGGCCUGACAGGGUUGGAAUGUUGCUUGGGCCUGGCAGGGCAGGGUUGGUGCUGGGGCCUGGUAGGGCUGGGUUCUGAAUGGGGCGAUCUGUAACGUAGGAUGGCGCAAACUCGGUUUCCAGAAAUACAUCCCUGUUGUAAUGUUGUACUCCAGCCACCCUAAAGCCAGCCUGAAUGUCCAAGGGGGUUGCAGCCAGAGGAUAGGUGAUUGCCACAAUUCCAGGAAUGUCAUAAAUUGACAUUGUCUUCCUGGGAUUGUUCCUCAUCCAGGCAUCACAAGAGGUGUUGACGUGUCUCUUUAGCGGCCUGUAGACAGAACUGUCUAAGGGUUGAAGCCGAGGAGAGCAAUGGGGUGGGAAUGACAGCAUAAUUAUGCCAUUUACUCUGGCAUAAGUGAGUCCAUCAACGGACAGAUAAGACUCAUGGUUUUGUCCAAAAGGAGUAAACAGGGCUUCUCCUUUGAGCACUUCGUAUGCUCGACCAAAUGUUUCAGGAAGUCAACAGUGCACAUCUUUCAUCCACCCAGAGGGAUUUGUCUCUCCUUUCCUACCAGGUGGCCCGUUGAUCAGGAAAUGAUCGCGGAAGUUGACACGGGGGAAUAUAAAAUAUGGAGGUAUACUAUUCCCUGUGGCUGAGAUAGCACAGGCCAGUGUGACGAGGGUUCCCCUUUCAGCAGAGGUCAGUGACCCUACUUGUUUGAAUCCACGUUUGCCCACCACUUUGUCAGGUUUAGGUACAGUGGUCACCCCAGUUUCAUCGACAUUGCAUAUGUCUCCUGGUCCAACUUGAUAUCUCUGUAGCACUUAUGCUACAUUGUCGAAGAAAGCAUUAACAUUUUCUCUGUUGAAGCUACUUGCCCUGGCAAGGCUAGUUGCCUCUGGCUUUCUCAGCGACAGCGUUGGGUGCCGCUUUAAGAACCCUGUAAACCACUCCAAGCUGGCCUUUUCUUUUUCUGCCCACAUUGGUGCGAACUUCAGCUGGUGUGCCACAGCAAACUGGUAGGCAAGUCUUCUGACCUCACUUGGUGACAGACCAAAAUAAAUGUCAGCUGACCUAGUACUAUACUGAACAAGCUGCAUCUCCAAAUCAGGUGAAAAAACCUGCCGUGGCUUUGUAUAGCCAACCACUGUUGUUGGCAUGGCUGUCUGACUUUCAACUUCUUCUCUGGUAACCUUUUGACAAUACCGAGUCAGAGUACGGUAAUUUAUGUCAAAAUCCUUUGCUGUACUCCUGAUUGAUUUGUUCUGCAACUUCACCUGCCUCACUGCCUUUAACAUUAUGCCAGGUGGUGUGCUGCCAUCCUUUGUCUUUCUUUUAUAAUUUCUAACCAUCUUUCUUUUCCUUCCUUCCUUCCUUCCUUCCUUCCUUCCUUCCUUCCUUCCUUCCUUCCUUCCUUCCUU